CGUGUCUGUCCCGAAACUGAUGAUCAGUACCUCGCGCGGGGUUCCAGGUGAACGGGUUGCACUCAUUUGCAAUGGUCUAAUUCCUCUUAAAAUAAAGCAACAAUAACAGGGGGCUGUGGCGAGGGGCAGAGAGAAAUAUAGACAUGUUACAAUGUCAAAAGAGUUAGUUGCACGCAUUUGUCCUGCGAGUGUCGGCGCGUGCUGUUCCAGCGGUUCUUUAAUCCUGUAUGUAAAUGACAGCCAAUAGAUGCUGUUGUUGAGUUGGGCUGGGAUUAGCGGAGGCGAAUGACUUUCAAUUUUACUGGAUUACAGAACAAAGAAAGGGGAAAGGGGACACGCUCCUCUGGUAAAGAAAACAGAAAGAAACCGGGCCAAAUUGAUCAAAUAAAUCACGUCGAUUGAAUUUCAACAGGCUUCGAACCAUUCGAGAUUAUGACAUUUUACAAAGUCGCUGUCGCCUUUCUUUAAAUGGGAAUUCAGCCCUCACAGUUGGAUUAAACGGAGAAUAAACCUAUCCCGGGAUUGGCAGCAUAAGGCAAUUAAACACGGGGAAAUCGAAGAAUGGCACAGAUACGGAAGCUUGGCUGUGAUGGGAUGAGGACCAACUCUCGGCCAGAGCUCAAAGUUCCCCAAGUGUCAGCCAGACAAGAAAUCCUCACCAGCCUAGUGUCUGCCCUGGACUCUGUGUGCUCUGCCAUGUCUAAACUCAAUGCUGAGGUGGCCUGUGUCACUGUGCAUGAAGACAGCGUGAUCGCCGUGGGAACAGAGAAGGGAAGAAUCUUCCUAAACUCCAGAAAGGAAAUACAGACAGACUUUCACAAGUUCUGCAAAGUGUCCUGUCUGCAAGCACUGACCGCCAUGAACUCCCACGCCAAAGUUCCUGAUGUGGACUGCAGCAGGACUGGCAAAGACUGCGGGCAGCAGGGCAGACAGAGAGCCUUAACAGACACUCAUUCCAACAUCUUCGUCCUGAGGAAAAUGGUGGAGGAGGUGUUCAGCGUGCUUUAUAGUGAGGCUGUUGGGAAGAGCAGCCUGGUCCCUGUGCCUUAUGACUGGAUUCUCAAGGAUCCCAGCUCAGUGGUUGUUUACGGCUUGCCUGAUGGUGUAACUCUGAGAAAGCCUUCGGAAUACGACACCAAGACCUUAAUGAAGAUCUUAGAGCAGAGCAACCGCAUCCGCUUCAUAGUCAAAAGAACACCAGAGGAACCCUCUCGGGACGCCAAAUCCUGUCCGGAAGUCAACCAUCACUCUUCAACCUCAAAGAGCGUAAGCAACCACGCCUCUGUCAAACCCUCCGUGCAGGAAGCGUCUGCUAGCAACUCCAUGCUCUCCAGCUUCCUGUACGGCAUGCCCAUGUCCUCCCAGCCUCACCCAGACAGCAAGCUGGACCUGAAGCCAUCACUGCACAGCAUAGGUAAAGAGCGGCUGGGCAUGUGGGCGUCCGCUGACGAGAAAGCGGUUCAGGCCAAGGAAUGUGCUGACAAUGGCGAGCGAGUAGGGCUGGCAGCGGAUCUUACUCAAAGCCCUCCCAGCAUCCAUGUCUCCAAGCGCCUUCUGUUCUCCAUAGUGCAUGAAAAAUCAGAAAAAUGGGAUUCAUUCAUCAGGGAGACUGAGGAUAUCAACACCCUUCGAGAAUGUGUUCAGAUCCUCUUCAACAGUAGAUAUGCUGAAGCGUUAGGCCUGGAUCACAUGGUUCCUGUGCCAUACCGGAAAAUUGCCUGUGAUCCUGAGGCGGUAGAGAUCAUUGGAAUUCCAGACAAGAUUCCCUUCAAGAGACCCUGCACUUACGGUGUGCCUAAACUCAAACGGAUCCUGGAAGAAAGGCAUGCUGUCCGCUUUGUUGUCAAAAGAAUGUUUGACGAACGAAUUUUUACUGCUGCUGGUAAAGUAGCCAAGGAAGAGGGCAAACAGGAUGGUGCCACCCCUGAAGACGGAUUCCCAGAUGGCCUCAGGGUCCCGAGCUCUUCUCUAGAGCUGGUCAGCAACACUCACAGUAGCAGAUCAACAAGCUCCUGUGUCAGUCCUUUGGCUGAGUGUGAAGCAGGGCCAUCUGGGGACUGUCUGCCUUUGAAAAAGAUCAAAACGGAGCCCCCAGAUGGUGAAAUUAUCCAGGUGACAGUGCCAGAGUCCAAUACUUCUACAGAAGAGCUAAGUGAGCCUCAGGCCGAGCGGGUGACCCCUGACCUCUGCCGUCCCAAGGAGCCUGUAGCAGAAGAUUUAACGCCCAAGUCUACAACGCAAGGGCUCAAGAGAGCUGUUGAAGACAUCGGAGAGAUGAUCCUUCAGCUGCGAAAUCAAGUCGAGAGCCUGUUCAGCUCCAAGUACAGUGAGGCUCUUGGUCUGUCUGAACCGUCUAAAGUGCCGUAUUCCAAGUUCCAGAUGUAUCCAGAUGAUCUGUAUGUCACAGGGCUGCCAGAAGGGAUGACUUUUCGAAGGCCGAACUGUUUUGGAGCAGCAAAACUUCGGAAGAUUCUUGCCGCCAGUAGUCAGAUUACAUUUGUUAUAAAGAGGCCAGAAUUAUUGACAGAACAGGUCAAUCACGAAGAUGUCUCUAAGAUGACCUCUGAUUUAGCAGAGACUGACUCCAAAGACCAAUCAGAUGACCCGGGACCUGCCUCCAAAAGACCAGGAUUCUCAGACAGUUUAGAGGCCAAGCUCUCCCGUAUCGACUUGGCGAACACUCUGCGAGAGCAGGUCCAAGACUUGUUCAACAGGAAAUACGGCGAGGCACUGGGCAUUAAGUAUCCUGUGCAAGUGCCUUACAAGAGGAUCAAGAGUAACCCUGGCUCAGUGAUUAUCGAGGGCUUGCCCCCUGGCAUCCCCUUCAGAAAACCCUGUACCUUCGGCUCACAGAAUCUAGAGAGGAUAUUAGCGGUGGCAGACAAGAUCUCUUUCAGCAUUACAAGACCUUUCCAAGGGCUUAUUCCCAAGCCAGCACCACGAAGAAUAACCAUAUUGAAGAAAGGUUUCACCCCAAUAAGUGAAGAAGAUGAGGUCAACCGGAUGGGAGAGAAAGUGAUAUUAAGGGAACAAGUUAAAGAGCUCUUCAAUAAAAAAUAUGGAGAAGCUUUGGGUCUGGACCGCUCAGUCAUUGUUCCAUACAAAUUAAUCCGUGCAAAUCCAGGCUCGCUGGAAGUGUGCGGACUUCCGGAUGAUAUUCCCUUCAGGAAUCCUAAUACUUAUGACAUAGUGCGGUUGGAAAAGAUCCUGCAAGCCCAAGAUGAAAUUAUUAUCAACAUCAAAACCCCUUUACAGCCUUUUACAGAGUUGUGUUCUCAAUCUUGUAAUAAAGAAGGUAAAGAAGUGUCUACAAAUCGACGCAAACGUAAACGAGUACUUGACAAUAGUCAAGCAUCCAUGCCCACUGGAGCAGACUCAGCACUAUCAACCAAUCAGAUUCCUGUCAUGCAAUGGCCCAUGUACAUGGUGGACUAUAGCGGAGUGAAUGUUCAAGUUCCUGGAAAAGUCAAAUACUAAUGAACUUUCUAAUUCAGUACGAAAGAUUCUACCAUUAAGGGACCUUUUUUUAACAAACCUGACGUUUCUGAAUGCUAAAUUCAGCUUUCUUCAGAGCUGUGGCAGAUCCUGUGGCUCGUGCAUGGAGACGCCUGUGUGUUCUGGCAGGUAUUAGAGAGUGUUAACUGUAGGAUGCAGUUGUUUCUGAAUGAAGUGCUAAUGAUGGAAAAACAUGGCAGUAAAUCAAUCUGCUAGUGCUUUAUUACUUAGAGGAAUAGUGCUCAACCUCAUGUCAGUCCAAAAACAAAUACUUUUGAUUUUUUUGUGGAACACGAAAAUAGAAAUUAUGUAAAAGAAGAUUUGUUCUAUGUGAUGAUUUAUCAAAAACUGACAUUUAAAGGAAUAGUUCAUCCAAAAAUGUCAAUCUGCUGAACAUGUACACACCUUCAGGUCACCCAAGAUGUAGAUGGGUUUAUUUCUUCAUCAAAACAGAUUUGGAGAAAUGUAGCAUUACAUCACAUGCUCACCAGUGGAUCCUCUGCAGUGAAUGGGUGCCAUCAGAAUGAGAGUUCAAACAGCUGAUAAAAACAAAACAUUAAUCAACACGACUCCAGUCCAGUGAAAAGCUGUGUUUGCAAGAAACCAAAGAAGUUUAUUACUUAAAAACAAUGGCUUCUAGCCAAAAUACCAGUCCAUAAUUAAUAAUAAUAACAUUUAUUUAUUUGUUUAGAACUGUUUUGGACUAUAUACUGCAAAUUUCUCUCCUAAUUCAGACGAGACAGUUUUUCACUGGAGAUACCAACAUUAUGGAUAAAGGAUGCAUAUUUUUCCUGGAAGCAACGAUUUGAAGUUACAAAACGAUAUUUGAUGGACUGGAGUCUUGUGGAUUACUGUGACAUUUUUAAUCAACUGUUUGGACUCUCAUUCUGCCGGCACCCAUUCAAUGCAGAGGAUCCAUUGGUGAGCAACUGAAGUAAUGCUAAAUU